AAGCCCCUCCUUUGCCAUCAAAACUCGCCUCCAUCCAUCUGCGUCUGCACAAACGGCCUGUGUGAGGAGAGAGAAAGAGAGAAGGAGAGUAAAAGAACAACAAACAACAACAAUGGAGGGUGGGAAAACAGUAAAAGAUGUAUCUCCUCACGAUUUCGUCAAAGCUUAUGCUGCUCAUCUCAAGCGCUCCGGCAAGAUGGAGUUGCCUCACUGGACUGACAUUGUGAAGACUGGUAAGCUCAAGGAACUCGCUCCAUAUGACGCUGACUGGUAUUACAUUAGGGCUGCCUCAAUGGCAAGGAAAGUCUACUUGAGGGGUGGACUUGGAGUUGGUGGAUUUAGGAGGAUUUAUGGAGGAAGCAAGAGAAACGGUAGUCGCCCUCCCCAUUUUUGCAAGAGCAGUGGUGCUGUUGCCCGUCACAUUCUGCAGCAAUUAGAGCAAGUUAAAAUUGUUGAAAUUGAUCCUAAAGGAGGAAGGAAAAUCACAUCAAGCGGCCAACGUGAUCUCGAUCAAGUAGCUGGCAGAAUUGGUGUUGAGGUGUAAGAAAAUUGGUCUGUACUCCUACAAAUACCAAUCAGAUCGUUUUUUUCUCUCCAGGUCGGAUGAAAACUAGGUGUAGAGGAAUUUGUUAGUUUUCUACAAUUUUGUUUCCUAUGUUGAAUUUGUUAGUUUUCUGAUGCUGUGCAAGUUAUCUGAGAUCAUUUUGCUGCGGAGAACACAGUUUUGAAAUUUAAUUUUAUGAAAUAUAUUUUACUGAUUUCCUA